AUGUUGAACACAGUCGACAUAAUGAAAACUGUUGCUUUUGUCCUCCUCGCCAUUCUCGCCCUCGCUUCAGCGGCUCCUCAACGGACAGUCAUUCAGAAGACUGUUAUCACCUCACCAGGACAAGGAGCUUUCGGACCAGGUUUCGGAACAGGAUUCAACAGAGGAGGAUUCGGUACUGGACCAGGAUUUGGUGGACAACCUUUCGGAAGAGGAUUUGGUGUACAACAACCAACUGUUGUCAAGAAGACUGUCAUCAUCAAUCGCGGUUAA